AUGUCCUCCAUAAUUAGAUCUGCUAAAUCUUUACAACCAUUGUUUGACAGAGUUUUGGUUCAAAGACUUAAACCAGCUACCAAGACUGCUACCGGUAUUUACAUCCCAGAAAAAAACCAGGAGAAAUUAAACCAAGCCACUGUUAUUGCUGUUGGUCCAGGUAUCACUAACACCACUACCGGUCAAAUUAUCCCAGUUUCUGUCAAGGCUGGUGAUAAAGUUUUAUUGCCUUCAUUCGGUGGUAACCCAGUUAAAGUCGGUGAGGAAGAAUACUUGUUGUACACCGACAAAGAGAUUUUGGCCAAGAUUGAUGAAAAUUAG